CGUCGUCAUUACUUGGUCAGGCCUCAUCGUUGACACAUAAGUAAACGCCCGUCAGAGGAGCCACGGAGUAGAGAACGGAGGAUAGACAGAAUACCCAAGAUAAAGAACCACCAUUCAAAGGAGCUUUAUAACAUAGGAUGGAAAUGUUACCCCUACUGGCGUGUGUGCUCCAUGCAACGUUGAUCGCAGCAUACCCCAGCGGUGCCCCCAACAGGGCGUGUCCUGGGCUUCUCCCCUUUCACAGAGGUACAGCCCCUCAAGUGACCAACGCCCCCUACAGGAUAGGUGUCAGUAGUCUACAGUAUACCCCCAAUAUGCCCAUCACUGUUACCAUCCACGCCGACGACCAGUCGCUGCCGUUCAUGGCGUUCCUGUUGCAGGCGCGAGUGAAGGGAAACAACAGCACGUCUGUGGGUCAGUUCUCCCAGCCCCCUGUAUCAACCAAGCUCCUCACUUGCUUCUCAUCCGGCGACUCCAUCACGCAUUCCUCUGCGCAGCCGCGGGUCAUGCUGCAGAUGACGUGGAUGCCCCCGACUAGAGACAUGGGGCAAAUUGAAAUACUCGGCACUGUAGCCCAGAGCAAGCAGAUAUACUUUGGCGUGCUUUCAUCCGGGGCCCUCUCGUUCUCAGGCUCUUCCUCGCCACCAGCAGGUACAUCCGCACCCAACCCUGAAGGCACAGCGGAGGGGGCAGGCAUGGGCGGGGCGGCGACGUCACCGUACACGACGGUGGUGACAACUCUGCUUUCUGCAGCACUGAUGACAUCAUGUACCCUGUUGAUGAGGUAGUAGUCACAGCGAAGCAGAGACUGUGGACAAACUAGCCAGAGGAUCAACCGAGAUGGAACAUGGAAGAACGGAUGUCCCCUUGCCCGAGGCAUCGAUUGGCUGGAAAACAUGACAUUUGCAUAAUAUGCAAAUUUGUGAUAUUUCUUGGUUCCGAUCGGAUUUUUGACAUGUCUACAGUUACACGUCAUUCCUUUCCAUGUGUAAUUUAUUGCAUAUGUACAUUUCACUGUAUGUUUUCGUUAUAUUUGUUGUAUAUUUGCCUAUUAAACUCAAUAUUGUAAGUGA